UCAAUAUUUUUUCACAGAAGUAUGAUGCCACUUUGAAAAGGUUUGUACGGUUUCUCCUCUGUUGUUAUGAACUCUAACCCUAAUCACUGACUACUGAGUGUUUUUCCUGAGUGUCUCAGUGUAAAGCGCCAGAUCCAGAGGACAUUUCUGGAGUUCUGAUCAAUGUGCCAAAACACCUGAGCAACCUGAAGUUUACUGUGAUACAGAAGAUGCUGAAAACUGUUGAUUACACUCCUGUGACCUUUAACCCUAACACUGCUCACUGUAAUAUCAUCCUGUCUGAGGAUCUGACCAGUGGGAGAUACAGUGAUGAGGAAAAGACUCCUGAGAAUCCAGAGCAAUUCGACAUGUUCGCAUGUGUUCUGUGCUCACAGGGCUUUGACUCUGGCUCUUACUGCUGGGAUGUUGAAGUUGAAACACAGGCUGGUUCCUCAGAGUGAUGUGCGAAUCUGCUCAGAGGAGGAAUAAAAUAUUCUCAAGGAGAGGAUUCUGGCUGGUGGGUCAUUUCUGAAGCGAUUAUGAACCACCAU